AUGAGCCUAGAAAACUUCACCUGGACCAGAGUUACCCCUGCUGAAUUCAUCCUCUUAGGCAUCACAAAUCGCUGGGAUCUGCGUGUGACCCUCUUCCUGAUCUUCCUGCCUGUCUACUUGAUCAGCCUGCUGGGAAAUGUGGGCAUGAUGAUGUUGAUCCAUGUGGAUGCCCGGCUCCACACACCCAUGUACUUCUUCCUGGCUAACCUCUCCCUGCUGGAUGCCUGCUAUUCCUCAGCCAUCGGCCCCAAGAUGUUAGUGGAUCUCCUGCUACCCCGUGCAACCAUCCCUUAUCUAGCCUGUGCCCUCCAGAUGUUUGUCUUUGCAGGGCUGGCUGAUGCCGAGUGUUGCCUAUUAGCAGUCAUGGCCUAUGAUCGCUAUGUGGCCAUCGGAAACCCUCUCCUCUACACUACCGUUAUGUCACCCGGUCUAUGCCUAGCCUUGCUAGGGGCAUCAGGCCUGGGUGGGGCAGUGAGUGCCUUUGUACACACGACCUUCACCUUCCGCCUGAGUUUCUGCCACUCACAGGAGGUCAAUAGCUUCUUCUGUGACAUCCCUCCACUGUUGGCCAUCUCCUGUAAUGACACCAGUCUCAACGAACUCCUCCUUUUUACAGUCUGUGGCUUCAUCCAGACAGCCACGGUGUUGGCUAUUGCUGUGUCUUAUGGCUUUAUCGCUGGGGCUGUGAUUCGUACGCGCUCAGCGGAGGGACGCCGGCGUGCAGCUUCGACCUGUGGCUCACAUCUCACAGCUGUAGCUAUGCUCUACGGGACCCUAAUUUUCAUGUACGUGCGUCCAAGCUCCAGCUAUGCCCUGGACACUGACAAGAUGGCAUCUGUGUUCUACACCCUUGUUAUUCCAGCUCUUAACCCACUCAUCUACAGCCUUCGAAACAAGGAGGUCAAUGAAGCUCUUCAGCGCACCUGGAGUCGAUUCUGCUGCCCAGCACGGGGCACCAGUGAUUGGGCCCAGGAGGCUGCUUAG